UGCCGCCCUGCCUGAAAAGGCUGCGAGGCGCCGGCGGGGAGUGAGAGGAGGUGCAGACGGUGCCUGAGUCCGCAGCACUGCCGUCACCGCUGCCGCGCCCCGGGGGAUGCCGAGGUACCGGCCCCGCGGGUCGCCCUAAGGAAGAGGUGUUCUGCCGGUCCCACCCGCCCCGCAGCCCCGGCCCAGAGGAGACCACCGCCCGUUGAGCCUCGUCGGAGCCGCUCGCGAGCUGGGCGCCCACGCGGGGCUCGACGCGGUGCGCCUGGGGCAGGGAGGCGCAGUGUAUUCCCUCCCUGGCCCCGCAGCUUCGGGCGGUCGGCUGGGUUGUUUUUUAAAUUUCUUCGGAAGGAUGAAUACGUUUCUUCUCGCGUGGGGAUUUCUAGGACUGUGCUUGCCCAGCUCCCGAGGCACGGCGGAGACAGCUCAGCUGUGCGGGGGCCGCCUGAACUCCAAGGAUGCUGGGUACAUCACCUCCCCGGGGUACCCCAAUGACUACCCUUCCCACCAGAACUGCGAAUGGGUCAUCUAUGCCCCUGAAGCCAACCAGAAGAUUAUCCUCAACUUCAACCCUCACUUUGAAAUCGAAAAACAUGACUGCAAGUAUGACUACAUCGAGAUCCGAGAUGGGGACAGCGAGGUGGCAGACCUGCUGGGCAAGCACUGCGGGAACAUAGCACCUCCUACCAUCAUCUCUUCUGGCCCCUCCCUCUAUAUUAAGUUCACCUCGGACUAUGCACGGCAAGGCGCUGGCUUCUCCCUGCGCUACGAGAUCUACAAGACAGGCUCUGAGGACUGCUCCAGGAACUUCACGGCCUCCAACGGCACUCUUGAGUCUCCCGGUUUCCCUGACAAAUAUCCACACAAUAUGGACUGUAUCUUUACCAUCAUAGCCAAGCCAAAGACAGAAAUUCUCCUCCACUUUCUGCUCUUUGACCUUGAGCAUGAUCCACUGCAGGCAGGUGAAGGCGACUGCAAGUAUGACUGGUUGGACAUCUGGGACGGCAUCCCUCAAGUUGGCCCCUUGAUAGGCAGGUACUGUGGCACUAAGAUGCCGUCGGACAUCCGCUCAACCACUGGCGUCCUCUCGCUCACCUUCCACACGGACCUGGCAGUGGCUAAAGACGGUUUCUCUGCUCAAUACUACUUGAUCCAGCAGGAAGUCCCAGAAAACUUCCAGUGCAACAUGCCACUGGGGAUGGAGUCUGGCAGGAUUUCCAACAUGCAGAUCAGUGCCUCAUCCACUUAUUCGGAUGGGCGAUGGACCCCCCAGCAGAGCCGGCUCAACAGCGAUGACAAUGGCUGGACUCCCAAUGUGGACAGCAACAAAGAAUAUCUCCAGGUGGACCUUCACUUCCUGACUGUGCUUACAGCCAUUGCCACACAGGGUGCCAUCUCCAGGGAAACGCAGAAUGGUUACUAUGUCCGUACCUACAAGCUGGAGGUCAGCACCAAUGGGGAGGACUGGAUGAUGUACCGACAUGGGAAAAACCACAAGACAUUUCAGGCCAAUGAGGAUGCCACAGAGGUGGUUCUCAACAAGAUCCACAGUCCAGUGCUCACACGCUUUGUACGCAUCCGUCCCCAGAGCUGGCACAAUGGCAUCGCCCUGAGGCUGGAACUGUAUGGCUGCCGCAUCACUGAUUCACCCUGCUCCAACUUGCUGGGGAUGCUUUCUGGCCUCAUUCCUGACUCGCAGAUCUCAGCCUCUUCCAUUAGAAGCUAUGACUGGUCUCCCAGCAUGGCCCGCCUGGUGAGCAGUCGCUCGGGCUGGUUUCCCCGCCUCCCCCAAGCCCAGCCUGGGGAGGAGUGGCUGCAGGUGGACCUUGGUGUCCCGAAGAAUAUUAAAGGCGUCAUUAUCCAGGGGGCUCGUGGAGGGGACAGUGUGACCACCACCGAGUCCCGCUCCUUCGUGAAGAAGUUUAAAGUGGCCUACAGCAUGAAUGGAAAGGACUGGAACUUCAUCCAGGACCCCAAAACAAUGCAAGCCAAGCUUUUUGAAGGCAACAUCCACUAUGAUAUCCCUGAAGUCCGAAGGUUUGACCCUGUUCCUGCCCAAUAUGUCCGAGUGCAUCCAGAGAGGUGGUCCCCAGCAGGAAUAGGAAUGCGCCUGGAGGUGCUGGGCUGCGACUGGACAGAUGUAAAGCCCACUUCAGAGAUGCUAAUGCCCACUUUGAAGACCGAAGAGACCACUACCCCAUACCCAACCGAUGAAGAGGCAACUGAGUGUGGUGAUAGCUGUGGAGAUGAGGAGGAUUUCCACCUCCCUGUGAACUUCAACUGCAACUUCGAUCUCCCUGAAGACCUCUGUGGUUGGUCACAUGACUUGGCAACGGGUUAUACAUGGUCUUUUCAGCCUACGGGCAGCUGGAUUGGCAACUCUGAACCAAGUCCUGAGACUGUGCCUGACAGCAAGAAUUACCUGCAGCUGCAGAGCAGCGGAAGGAGGGAAGGGCAGCGAGCCCGGCUCAUCAGCCCGACCAUCUAUCUGCCCCGUAGUGCUGUUUGCAUGGUGUUCCAGUACCAGGCGUGGGGCAGCAACGGGGUGAUGCUGCGAAUCUGGCGGGAGGCCAGCCAGGAGCACAAAGCACUGUGGGUCAUCAUGGAGGACCAAGGGGAGGAAUGGAGGGAAGGCCGCAUCAUCUUGCCGAGCUACGACAUGGAGUACCGGAUUGUGUUUGAGGGAUUCAUACGGAACGGCCACUCAGGAGAGCUCGCCCUUGAUGACAUCCGGCUGGGCACUGACAUCCCACUGGAGAACUGCAUGGAACCCAUCACGGCUUUUCCAGGUGAGAACUUCUACUUUCCAGUGAACUUUCCAAGAAUGGAGGAUGACUUUCCAAUCUCUGAGCAAGACUUUGAAGACGAUAAUGAUCGAGAUUACUUUGGAUCCGAUAGGAACGACACACUGUUCUCUACUAACUCUCCAGGAACCCCGAAGCUGGACAAAGAGAAAAGCUGGCUCUACACCCUUGAUCCCAUCCUAGUAACCAUCAUAGCGAUGAGCUCCCUUGGUGUCCUCCUGGGUGCCAUCUGCGCCGGGCUGCUCCUCUACUGCACGUGCUCAUACACCGGGCUGUCCUCGCGGAGCUCCACCACGCUGGAGAACUACAACUUUGAGCUGUACGACGGCAUCAAACACAAGGUCAAGAUGAACCACCAGAAGUGCUGCUCGGAGGCCUGAUGGGUGCCCUGGGCAUCGUCCUCGACAUCAAGCCCGGUGAGAUAGGCUGGUGGGGGGUACUUUUUUCUGAUUUCUAUGGGAAGUGAAUGCCAUAACAGGGAAGGAGGGGUGUGGGAGGAGCAGGGGAGGCACUGCUCCUGCCACCGGCUCCCGCUGGCAGGUCAUGCUCCAGCAGGACUAAGCAGGAUGUUCCCACAAACUGGACUGUGCUUUGCAAGGGUGCACCGAGACCCUUGUCUGUUGGUUCAAAUUAUUUUUCUGCUGAUGUGAGUGUCUGGGAUGUGGCAAGGGAGGCUGAUUUACCUUUUGGAUGUGAGAAACUAAAUGUUGCUCAUUAUUUCCCACCUCCUUUCUCUAGUGAGUUGCUGAGAAGGCUAAGGGAUUUCUUCAGCCACCCUGUCUUUAGAAAUAAUACACACACACACAUACACACACAUGCACACACAUAGACCCUGUCCAUUUUAGACCCUAUCCAGAUAUCAUUUUGGCGGUAAAGAUUUGUGCACUUCACACUAAGUCCAGGAAGCUUCAGUUUCUAGCCCUGAAAAUGGAAGCAUCUUGUUACCUUCCACUUUCCUUCUUCUGGUAGAGGCAAAAGGUGGGAUAUUGGCUUUAGUGUCAAUGGUAACAACAACACUUUUUGAAAUCAUUAAGAAAUAAAAUAGAAAGGAAACCCUAUGUGUAGAAGCACCUCUUUGAGAGAAGCUGAAGAGCCUUAAAGUGAUUUGUGAAUAAGAGCCAUUUAUUAAAUCCAGAUCUUGGAUUGCAACAGCUGAGGCCUUCAUCAGGAAGGCUUUGCUUUGAAUCUCCCACCCAUCUUGAUCCUGCCCUUUUUCUUUUUACUGUAAUGAGAAAAUUGCAGCAAACAAAAGAUAUAGCCCGUCAGGCUGCCAGCUUUGGGAAGGGAGAUUCACUUGGGGUUUGACUUGAGGCACAGGGCCAGUUAGAGAAAAUGAGCAAGAGAAGGUGGCUGGACCCAUGCUCACAGCCCCGAGAGCUCUGUCACAAUGCCUGCUGGGCCCCCUCACCUUCACAGUCUCCCCUUCUCCCUGGAGCUGAGAGGCACGAGCUGGCACCGUCAGCGCAGCUGGACCAAGCAGCUACUGCUGCAUACCCUUUGGAGCAAAGCUGUGCUGCUCCUGAUCAUUAGCAAAACUGCAAAGUUUUAUUUAUGAGUCGUGUUUUGGUUUACGUUGAACAAGUGCCUUAGAAGUAUUUUUCCUCCGAUGAUCAGUGCUGUAUCAAACAACAAGUGAGGCCUUCAUCCUUCCCCAGUGAAACAUCCUUCUUCACCACUGUCUACUGGGUAGAGCCUGGCUGAAGGAGUCUGGCCCUUCUGCUUUCAAGUGGUCUGGCUACGUUGCCUGGCAGCUGAUACCUCUCCACUUACUGCUGUGCUGAGGGAGAAGAGUGUUAUGAAAACAAUUUAAUGGAGAAACAGAGCUCAAAUACUGGGUCCCAAACCAAUACCUUCAUUUCCAAUUCAGCCCAGACAGAUCAGUCCUAUCAGCUUGCAUAUACAUAAGCAAGAAACAUUUCCAGCACUUUGGGUUUGCUUUUCCAGGGUCUCUUUGGAAAUACCUGACAUGUCCUACUUUUACAUUUUGCAUAGCAACAAUUUGGGUUGGGAAUGGAUUUUUCUUUUUUUUCUUUUUUUUCUUUACCUCACUAACCACAAAACACCAAAGAUGUGAUGUGCUGUGAAGUUUGCCCAGCCCCUGCAAACACAUUGUGCAGGAGGCUGUUUGGGCAGCGGCUGGAGAGAUGAGCACGAACAGUGCCACAGCUGCUUUUCAAUGUGGUGGGAAUAGGACCAUUUGUCUAGUGUUUCAUGAAGAGCUCCAUCAGACAGUAGGGUUUUUUAUUUGGUGUGUGGGGGGAAGAUUAAAAAAGCCUUCUCCAAUGUAAGAAGACAUGUGCAUUCCCGGGGAAGCAGAUUGAGCAGCUGGGUCAUCGAAACAUGCACGACACAUCCACACACUAGCAGAGAUGCUCACACACAAAGGCCUUCAUUUUUUCAAUUCACACUGUGCGCCCAAGAGAAACAGCAGUAAAGGUAUCUCCUUUCAAAUCACCUUAUUUCUCUUGGCAUUCUUCACAGACAAAUUCCACAGGGGUAUUAUUUUACUGUACAAAAGAAACAGAGGAAAUGUACCAGACCAUUUCAAAGCUGGGUUGCUGCUGCUCAAUGAUUUUAUCCCCUUCAAAUCACAGAAGAGGGGAAGGAUGAAUGGAAAAGGACCAUACAGUAGAAAAGUCAACUUAGGCAAACAAUAGGUGAAAAUAUAUAACUGAAGAGGUGACGUUAUGGUGUCUAGUAAGCGUACAGAGAGAAGAGUUUGUCUAUACAUAUAUUCAGAAAUAGUGUGUUUGCACAUGCACGUGAAUUCUCUGUAUGUAUCGUGUAUGUGACUUAUUCCGUGGGACUGACUCGUGUUACUAUAUCUCUUGAUCUGGGGCAGGAGAGUACUGCUGAUCUUGGCACUAAUUUGACACGGGCCCAGCAAAGCGCCCACCCCGUGUAUGUCUCGGCUGCCCCUUCCCAACGAGGCAGGGCCCAGGUGCAUGUGCUGCCCAGCUGGAGCAGGCCAACAAUGCUGCAAAGCCGAUACCUCACUUACCUCUGCUGGGUGCUUUACUGUUCUACAGAAAACUGUGUUUGAUUGUAACUUCAACAGGGAAAACAGAAAAAAAAAAAAAAGAGAGAAAAGUUGUGCGUUCAAUUCAUUGCAUCCUCCUCUGCAAACAGAUUAGGUUUGCUGAUCACAAUUCCCUCUGUGAAACUCAGAAGAGAAAAAUGAAAAAAAAAAAAAGGAAUUGGUGUUAAUGCUUUUGCUGAAAUGGGCUGUUGCCUCCACACCCUUCCCAUGCCACAGACGUGUUGCUAACAGGCAGGCUGGAGUGCUGGCUGAUUUCAUUUUGUGGGAAGGUGCCGGGGGUGAGCAUGGGAAUUAAACCAUUAAGAAAUUAUAUGCAGAAAUGGAACUUUUCCAAGGUUUGCAGUUUAAGGUGUUUGACCGUUCACUGGCUGAGCCAGGACUUAAGGACUUAAAGAGCUUUUACUGUGAUUCUUCGAUGUAAAAAAAACAAAAACAAAAACAACAAAAAAAAGUCAAACUGUGUUUAUAUGAUUUGUAUAAAAACCUUUUAAA